AUAUAUUUUAAUUUCACUCGCUUACUUAUACGAUCAUGAGUGCUGCUCCUCUCUCUAUAAAACCCUCUCUCUCUUCUUUUCUCUCCCUUUAGCGUCUGCUUCAUUGUCCCCUUCCACAUCUUGCUUAUUCCCAUUACAAGGUAUUAUAUUUCAACAUCCUCGCUCGGUGGGAGCAAAGCCCAGUAAUCUUUACUACAGAAGGGUGCGAUUCUGCCCUUUGUUGAGGUCAAAGAGCGUGAAGGGUAGGAAAAGUUUUGCUCUUGAAUCUGGCAGGAUGACCAUUGCGGAGGCUGAUUUACAUGAGGAGGAAGAGGAAGGGCCUCCUGCUUUGCUUGACAUUGAGAGUAUCUCGACGCCUCGUCGAAUUGCCCUCUUUGUUGAGCCUUCUCCCUUUGCAUAUGUCUCUGGAUACAAAAACCGGUAUCAGAAUUUCAUUAAAUACCUCCGUGAAAUGGGAGACGAGGUACUGGUUGUGACCACCCAUGAAGGAGCCCCCGAAGAAUUUUAUGGUGCCAAAAUUAUUGGAUCUCGGAGCUUCCCCUUUCCUUGGUAUCAGAAGGUACCACUCUCCUUGGCACUUAGUCCCAGAAUAAUUUCAGAGGUUGCCCGGUUCAAGCCUGACAUAAUACAUGCCUCAUCACCAGGCAUAAUGGUUUUUGGUGCUCUUGCCAUUGCUAAACUUUUGUCUGUUCCUAUUCUUAUGUCCUAUCAUACUCAUGUACCUGUAUACAUUCCACGAUACACAUUUAGUUGGCUGGUCAAACCCAUGUGGAUGAUCUUGAAAUUUCUUCAUCGAGCAGCUGAUCUGACGCUGGUGCCAUCAGCUGCCAUUGGAAAAGAUCUUGAAAAAUUUCAAGUAACAGCAGCUAAUAGGAUUCGUGUGUGGAGCAAGGGUGUUGACUCUGAAAGUUUCCAUCCGAAAUUCCGUUCACAUGAAAUGCGACUAAGAUUGAGUAAUGGGGAACCUGAAAAGCCCUUGAUAGUACAUGUUGGGCGACUUGGAGUUGAAAAGAGUUUGGAUUUUCUCAAAAGCCUUAUGGACAGGCUUCCUGAAGCACGCAUUGCUUUUAUUGGGGAUGGGCCAUACAGGGAGGAGCUGGAAAAAAUGUUCGAAGGGAUGCCAGCAGUAUUCACAGGAAUGUUAGGAGGGGAAGAACUCUCUCAAGCAUAUGCCAGUGGUGAUGUUUUUGCCAUGCCUUCAGAAUCUGAGACACUUGGGCUUGUUGUUUUGGAGGCCAUGUCUUCUGGGAUUCCUGUGGUGGGAGCACGAGCCGGUGGCGUUCCUGACAUAAUUCCUCCAGAUCAAGAUGGAAGGAUAGGCUAUCUCUACAAUCCGGGUGAUAUUGAAGACUGUUUAAGCAAAUUAAAGCCUCUGUUGCAUGACAGAGAGUUGAGAGAAACCAUGGGCACAGCCGCACGACAGGAAAUGGAAAAGUUCGACUGGAGGGCAGCCACGAGAAAGAUUCGCAAUGAAAAUUACAAUGCUGCCAUUUGGUACUGGCGCAAGAAACAAGCUCAAUUGUUAAGACCCUUACAAUGGUUGGCUAAAUGUAUUUUCCCAGACCCGGACUACAGGGCAAUUACACAAGGUGCGAAGAACAGUUAGCAAGGAAAUGAAUUCAUGUUCAGAAGCACAGAACCUGCACGCUGGUGAUGAAGAAGUGGAUGAUGAAAGAGAAGGCUUUGAUUGGUAAAUCUUCAACCUUCUGGGAAAUAAACUGGAGGUGUCAUUUUGAAGGAGCCUGGCUAAAAUAUUGGGUAAUCGUUUAAAGUAGUGGGUCAUAGACUCUUGAGAAAAAUAGGAGGAAAAAAAAGUUCAGUGUGGAUCUGUUGAUUUAUUGGAAUCGUGCUUCUCAGUACUUGCGUACAUGGUUAUUGUGUGAUGGCAAAGAUCACAACUUGGUUUAAUUGUAUCCUGUGCAUUGCUUAGGGGUUAAUCAUAGCUGCGUCUCUAAUUUUCGUUGGUUAAGCUUUAGUAGGUCUAUUUAUGUCUCUGAUGGGGACUAUAAGAUGGUACAACUGUAUAGGUUCUCUAAUUUUACAUUGAGUGAGUUCAUUUAUGAAAUACUUGGGUUAUUUGUUCGU